GCACACUACUAUACUACUCUUUCGCUGUUAAGUUUCCUCCCAACUUCUUUUGCGAUUUUUUUUUGUUUUCGUUGUCAUUUUUCAACUAGAUAAAACCUUCGAUAUAUAUAUAUAUAUAUAUGCGUUGGAAUUUCGUUUGUUUUUUUCCCGAGAAUAGAGUCUAGAAUUUUUCAAAAUUUAUGAACAGGACUAGCACACAAAGGGAAAAGAAAAUUUAAGUGAAAAGAAAGGCAACAAUGGAAUUUGAGAAGAAACAAAUCGGUCUAGGGACUGAAUCGAAUUCAGUUAAACUUAAAUAUGUGAAGCUUAGUUACCACUACUUGAUCUCCAACGCCAUUUAUCUUUGUCUUGUGCCGCUGAUCACUAUAGCUUCGGCUCAUCUUUCUGGCGAAGACUUCAUCCAUUUGUUCAGCCACCUUUAUAAGCUCAAUCUCAUCUCAGUUACAAUAUGCACCGCGCUUACGGUUUUCCUUGCAUCCAUUUACUUUGCACGUCGUCCUAGGCCAGUUUACUUGCUGAAUUUUGCAUGUUACAAGCCCGACCCAUCGCUAAUGUGCAGCGAAGAAACUUUCAUGAAAAGAUCUGAGCUUACUGGGAGUUUCUCGGACGAAAGUUUAGCGUUUCAAAAGAAAAUUCUGGAGAGAUCAGGAUACGGAGAGAAGACACAUGUAUCGAAAUCACUGUUGGAAGUCCCAAUGAACAUGAGUGUGGAGGCAGCAAGAAAUGAGGCAGAGAUGGUGAUGUUUGGAGCGAUCGACCAAUUGUUGGCGAAAACUGGGGUGAAUUGUAAGGAUAUAGGGAUUCUUGUUGUGAAUUGCAGCGUCUUCAAUCCAACGCCGUCGUUGUCAGCCAUGGUUGUGAACCGGUACAAGCUCAGAGGGAACAUUCUGAGCUACAACCUUGGUGGAAUGGGCUGCAGUGCUGGCCUCAUUUCCAUAGACCUGGCCAAACGCUUGUUACAGGUACAGCCCAACUCGUAUGCGCUUGUAGUGAGCAUGGAAAGCAUGACUCUCAACUGGUAUGGUGGUAAUAACCGUUCGAUGCUCAUCACAAAUUGCCUCUUCCGUCUGGGUGCAGCUGCGAUCCUCUUAUCAAACUCAUUAUCUGAUCGUCAUCGUUCAAAGUACCAGCUCGUUCACACUUUACGAACACACAAAGGUGCAGAUGAUAAAAGUUACAACUGUGUCUUUCAAAAAGAAGACAUGGAGAAAAGACUUGGCAUCUUACUCUCCAAAGACCUUUUGACGGUGGCUGGUGAAGCCCUUAGAGCCAACAUCGUAACUUUGGGGCCUUUGGUCCUUCCCAUGUCUGAACAAAUCCUAUUUUUGACAAAUUUCGUAGCGAGAAAGGUGUUCAAAAUGAGGAUAAAGAAUUAUGUUCCUGACUUUAAGUUGGCUUUAGAGCAUUUUUGCAUACAUGCUGGUGGGAGGGCCGUGCUAGAUGAGUUAGAGAAGAACCUUGGAUUGACUCAGUGGCAUAUGGAGCCCUCAAGGAUGACUCUUUAUAGAUUUGGGAACACCUCUAGCAGCUCUUUGUGGUAUGAACUGGCUUAUUGUGAGGCUAAAGGGAGGAUCAAGAAAGGGGAUCGAGCUUGGCAAAUUGCAUUUGGAUCAGGAUUCAAGUGUAACAGUGCUGUGUGGCGAGCUUUGCGCACCAUUGAUCCGACAAAGGAAAAGAACAAUCCUUGGAUGGAAGAGAUUGAUGAAUUUCCUGUUCAUGUGCCUUAAGGGAGCUGGCCAGCAUCCAUUAAUUCUGAAUGAAACCACUUCCUAGGAAUAAUUAGAACAAUAUUACUAUAAGAUGCAUAUAUAUGUCGUACUAUGUGUGAAUUGUCUGUCCUAGCUGUUUGUUCCCCCUCGAUCUCCUGCUGAAAGCGUGUCUUUAUCUAUCGAACUAUUUAAAUAAAUGCAGGCCAGCGUUAGUGCCUUUGGAGUACAAUGUACAAUUAAUAGAUCAAUCAUAUGAUCAGAAUAUUACUGCUCUUUA